AGCGCGAAGUGGAGCAUCAUAGCGCACGGCUAUCUGCUAUCGUUUACGUGUGGAAAGGUCUUGGGGUUCAUGAUCAUUCACCGCAUUGAAACGAUGAUUUUACCAGUCGUUUGACGACGAUCUUUUCUGUAUUAUCACUGCCGAAUGAUCGAAAACUACUAGUAGGUGAAACGACGAAUUUUUCUGCAUCUCUCUCUGCGCGGAUACUUCGUUGGCAUAACCUGUCAGAAUCACCGCAAUAAGGUUCAAGGGAUCGGAAUUUUAACAGAAGAAUUCUUGGAGAAUUGGUGUGUGCUUAUUGAAUUGUGCGUUAGACGAAACUUCCGAAGAUGCCGCUCUUCGGUAAAAAAGACUCUAACAAGAAGAUUAAAAAGGAUGGGAAAGAUGAUAAAUCGCCGUCUGUCGAGGACAAAUACAUCCUAAAGGAGCGGCUUGGAACGGGUGCUUUCUCUGAAGUACGUUUGGCAGAAAGUAAAGAAAAACCUGGUCAAAUGUAUGCUGUGAAAAUAAUUGAUAAGAAAGCACUAAAAGGAAAAGAAGACUCCUUAGAAAAUGAAAUUAGAGUGUUACGAAGGUUAACACAUCCAAAUAUUGUUCAGUUACUAGAAACAUUUGAGGACAAACACAAAGUUUAUUUAGUUAUGGAGUUGGUUACUGGUGGAGAGCUGUUUGAUAGAAUUGUUGAAAAAGGUUCCUAUACAGAAAAAGAUGCAUCAGGUUUAAUAAGACAAGUUUUAGAAGCUGUGGAUUAUAUGCAUGAUCAAGGUGUUGUGCAUAGAGAUCUUAAACCUGAAAACCUUUUAUAUUAUAGUCCAGAUGAAGAUAGUAAGAUCAUGAUUAGUGAUUUUGGCCUAUCAAAAAUGGAAGACUCUGGUAUUAUGGCAACUGCUUGUGGUACUCCCGGAUAUGUUGCUCCAGAGGUCUUAGCACAAAAACCAUAUGGAAAAGCUGUGGAUGUGUGGAGCAUAGGGGUCAUUUCUUAUAUCUUGUUAUGUGGCUAUCCACCGUUUUACGACGAGAAUGAUGCUAAUUUGUUUGCACAAAUCUUAAAAGGUGAAUUUGAAUUUGAUUCGCCGUACUGGGACGAUAUCAGUGACUCUGCAAAGGAUUUCAUUCACAAGUUGAUGUGCGUCAAUGUCGAUGUGCGCUAUACUUGCAAGCAAGCCCUUGCACAUCCUUGGAUUUCCGGCAACGCGGCUAGCAAUAGAAACAUCCAUGGUACUGUAUCGGAACAACUUAAAAAGAAUUUCGCCAAAUCAAGGUGGAAGCAAGCUUACCACGCAGCCACGGUCAUACGUCAAAUGCAACGACUGGCACUCAACAGCGGCCAACAGCAGCAGGGCCCAGGAUCAACAGGCCCCUCCAGCGGCAACCCCACGCCAUACCCCGAUCAAUCGCAAUCCAACCCCAGUCACCAACAACCGAGAUCAGUGGAGCCUCAAAUCAACCUCAAUUGAAGCAAAUGCUCGAGCCACCAUCGUUGCCCGUGUCAAGUUUGGUGGCCCCGAAUCCUAUUCCCAUUCCGAUCACUCCAA